AUGAAUGGACAGGGCGACGAGGAAGGCGAAUCUGCCAAGUACAUCUUUAGCUUUGCGCCGAAGGUGAGUACAGGGUUAGACCAUUUCGCAUGCGUUGGGUAUUAUAAAAACAAACCGACUGUGUUUUGCUGGGGAGGGAACACGAGCAACCAGUUGGGGGUAGGAAUUCACACAAGGGAAUGCAAAGUACCCACACCGGUGCCAUUCUUCGAAGAUUUCUUUGUCACCUCCGUGUGCUGCACCUACUACUGCACAUUUGUUUUAGCUAAGAGAAACGCAUGCGAUGUGGGCUGCUCUGUGUACUCCUUCGGGAGGGGCAACAAUGGAUUGCUCGGGUUCCGGAAGAAGAGAAUUGUUUUUUCCACUCAUGCAGAUUCGAACGUGGGGGGGAAGGAGAAGCUAGUGCGCUCGCUCAACAAUAACGUGGACCAAACGGUGCUCGACGCGUUUGGGGUUACCAAGGCCAAGCAGCCAUCGCCCUCACUCAGGCAUGCUCACGAUGGUAGCGGUAAGGAUAGCAGCGGUGGUAGGGACAGCAGCGGUGAUGACUUGCUCCACUUUGACGCAAGCAACAUUUCGAGCGAAGCGGGUUCCGUGGGGGAAGCACCUCCGGUGGCAGAGUCCACGCAGCCGCUCACCAAAGAUGCCUCCCCCACGGAGGAGAAGGACGACUGGUUUACCCCGGUGCCCAUAAAGGUGAAGUUUCAAGAGCGCACCAAGGUUAAGUUUAUAUCCUGUGGAGACUUGCACACGUUAGUAAUAUGCACGAGAGGGUUUCUUUACGGCUGGGGCAGCAACGCCUUCGGGUGCGUCGGGAAUGGGACAAACGCUAAUGUAUAUGAACCGGUUCGUAUUUUUCUCGGGGGUCAACGUGAUCAUUCGGCACGUGACCAGUUGGCACGAGAUCAGUUGGCGCGGAACCCCCUUGUCCAUACGAACGAACCCAACCUAGACGCCGUUAUUCACUGCUCCGCGGGGGCAAAGCACAGCUUGGCCUGCACGUUGCGUGGGGACAUGUACAGCUGGGGUUAUGGGGCAAACGGGCGCCUGGGGCUAGGCAAUAUUCAAAGUCACAAUACACCACAGUUGGUGAAGACGUUACACAAGAGGAAGAGAAUCAUUUAUGUUUGCUCCGGGAAGUCUCACUCAGGGUGCAUAGAUGCAGAAAACAAUGUGUAUACAUGGGGGAAUGGAAAAUAUUUUAAGUUGGGUCAUGGAGAUGACAAUGAUGUGUUGAGUCCGAAGAGGUUGGAGUGUCUUUGUCGUACUCGUAAGAUUUUCAUGUUAUCCUUUGGUACCUUCAAUUCACUAGCCCUAAGUGCAAAGGGCGAUGUAUACCUGUGGGGUGUCUUUACUCAAGUAAAAAGAGGAUCCUCUUCCUACACAUGUAAGAUACCUAAGAAGGUUAAUACAAAUUAUAAAUGUCUUUCUGUUCAUGCAUCUGUGUAUAUGUUACUGGGGGUAACUGUGGUGGGGGACCUAAUCGUGUUGGGUGAUAGUACUAAGAUUAUCACAUGUGGAGGAGACAGUGGCUUGUCUAAUGUAAUAGCAACAAGGAAACAUGGAGGAGAGUCCGACUCAGGAGACAGCAACACAGAUGUACUGAAUGAGCUCAUUGGGCGGGAAGCAAAUAGGAUCGACCAGCUGACUAGACACAAUGAAUACCCAAUUAAAUAUGUGAAAGAAUUACGUGGAAGAAUUCACAUCAGAGAUGUGUUAAAGACAUUCUACAUGUUGGGCAAGGAAGCCUCCGUUCGCCACCCCCCCAUCAUGGGAGGGCCAGAUAAGACCGGAUGGCAUGAAGAAUUGCUGUGGGAUGAGGGGAACACGCUGUAUGGUGAUGGUACUACAACGCAGGGAGCAUUACGAAAGAAAGAAUUUAUCGUCAGGUCAAAGAUUAGAAUGGUCGAUGGGAGUGAACACUUUAGUGUGUUCCUUAUUCAAAGUGGAAAGGUGUACACUUGUGGAGUUAAUAAAAAUGGAGAGCUGGCAAAUGGUGAGUAUAACUUGGGGAAAAAAUUCGCUGUUCCUGUUCCAGUCGAUAUUUGUGUGAACAGAAUUGUUAAAGUAGCAUGUGGGUAUAACUACACCUUGGCUUUGAAUGAAAAGGGGUUAGUGUAUGGGUGGGGGAAAAACGAUAAAAGCCAGCUUGGCAUUGGACUCAUAAAGGACUGUUACGAACCCGUACACAUAAAAGCUAUAAGCAACGUGAUUAAUGUGUAUGCAGGACAUGAUCAUAGCGCUUGUAUAAUAAAUAAUUCUUUUGAAGAGAAUUGUACGAAUCGCCUCGCGUACAAUGCUGUUGUGGAGAUGGAAGAUGAAACUCUGCUGGAGCGGGGAGAGUUGUACACCUGGGGAAAUGCAGAGAGUGGCAAGGUAGGAUUAGGGAUAGACUACACACAAGGAGCGAUUCUUUUACCCAGGAGAAUCAAUCUAACAAAUAAGGUACACAAAUGUUCGUUAGGAAAUAGCCACACGAUUAUUUUAACUGAUUCAAAUGAGUUGUAUGUUUGUGGAAGUGCUAGCAGUGGCAAGUUGGGUCUAACAGAUGAUAGUGUAAGUUACAUGGUGAGUUCACCAAGGAAAGUUCAGCUAGAUCCUACCAUUUACAUUAAGGAAGUUGUGGCGGGAGCUACAUACAGUAUGGUACUGUCGAUGGAUGGGUACAUAUACAUAUGGGGGGAGUUUAUUAAAAAUGAAGUGUGGUCUCAAGUGCCAAUGUUAUAUCCUCAAAUAAGUAACGUCAAGCAUAUUGUUGGAGGGAAGGACAAAUACGUUCUUUUUCAUACAUAUGAAAAUAAACUGUUUGGAGUUGGUGACAAUACACACAUGCAAAUACUUCACGACGCCAAAGAGAUAAACAUACGUGGGGCACCCAAGCUCAUUCCUUACUUCAUGAAAGAUAGAAGCAUUGAAGGAGCAUACUCAUUUAAGAAUGCGUCCUUUGUACAGUUGGAAGGAACCCAUGAUUUGUUUGCCUGGGGGUUCACAUCCAAUUGCCACCUCGGCAUCGGGGUGACUAAUGUCACGUAUUUGAAGCAGCCGAAGAAGGUUACCAAGAGCUGGGUGACGUACGAGGAGCAAGAGGGGAGAGACGCGCACAACGGUGGCGAUGGCGAUAGCGACGUAGGAGCGGAACGGGGUCUACUCGGCGGGCCGCUCAAUUACCCAUUUCAGGAGGGCAUGGAGGACGAAGUACAGCUCGUGCGAAGGCGAAUCCUCAACAGGACGCAGUUCGAGGACGACCUCAUUUGUGGUGCCCCAUAUCACGAAGAAGAGGUAGAAAAUAUAAUUAAACGAAUACAAAGCAUGCCGCAUCUUAUAAACUGGGAUGCAAUUCAAAUGCUACUAAAGAAGGAGAGAUACACAAACAGCAUUCAAUAUGUUCGUUCAUUCGAGAGAGACCUAAUUGACAUGUACACAAAACACAUGCAGUGUCUUCUAAAUCUGCACUCCAUGGAAAGGAAGUACAACGAGUUGCUUCUCACUUACCAACACUACGUCCUCUCACACGUGGUGCUGCUCGGUGAGGAGCGGCCUUCCAUUAUGUUUUCCCCCCACACAUACAUCUUCGAUUGCAACCGGGACAAAUUGCAGCGGUUCAUUUACAUAGUGCAGCAGCAGCCCGUGUACCUCGUCAUUCUGUGCCUCAUCCAUAAUAGCAAGAAUGUCAAGUAUGGGCCUUCCACCUGUCACGCCUACGAGUAUGCUCAGCAUGGCCGGCAGGAGUGUAAGCAGGAGUGUAAGCAGUUGGAGGGGCAGCCGCAGACGCCGCCGCACAAACGCACCUUCUACCACAGCAGCACGCGCAUCCUCUGCUCCUUCAUUUUCGACCUCUACCACGACCUCCGGGACGAACGCGUGCGAAACAUCUUUACCAUUUUCCUCAUCAAGCUCGGCGUGGAGGAAAUAAACAACUGCCUGCAGGUGGAGGCCCUGUUCAAAGAAGACACCUCCAUUUUUUUCGUCCUCAUCAGGAUGCUAUUCUUAAAGAACGAAGUGCUGUCCAGCUUCGCGAGGUGCUUAGCCGAUAUGGGCAACGCCAACUCUUUCGUGAGGCUGCUGGACUCCCUGUCGCGCUGUAGUCCGGGGGGGGAGCACGUGCAGGAGGGGGUGCCACUCAUCUUGGAUUCUACUCCCCCGGUGGACCCCACGACAGGGGGUGCACUCGCUCGCCCGUCACUGAGUGGUGCCUCGAUGAACCACGAAGCACUCGCCCGCGCUUCCAUCAACCACGACGCACCCGCCGGCGCUGCAUUGACUGGUGCUGCUUCUAUGAAGCGACCUGCGCCGAGCCCCCCCCCGCAGAAUCGCUUCAUCGACGAGGCGAACGACUCGCUGGACAAGGAGUUCGCGUCCUUCAUGAAGGGAAAGGUUCCAGAGAAGAUCGACCCCCUGAAUUUAUCACUUAACAUGUACAGCGGGUUGCAGCCCGUUCCGCAUGGCCACUUGGAGGGACGGCCUGGUGAUUAUCCUCCUCAAGUAGUCCCCGCCUCGGGGCAUGGACAGUGGCAUGGACAGAACCCAAACGAACCCACGCCAGCUAGCCAAAAAAGUGUAUUAGUCGAAGUAGACAUGGUGCAUGUAUUCAAAGAGUUAUGCAAGUUGUUCGAACAAAUGGAUUUCCCACACAUGUUUCGAGUCAUUGUGAAAAACCUCUUCAAGCAUUUGUCCUUGUGUGAGAUGAACAGCUACUACUACAAGGAGAACCUCCUAGAGAAUAAAAUAUUUUAUUUCACUCGGGAGCAUUUUGUAUAUGUACCCUUUUGUCAUUUGCUCCUCAUGGCAAUACUAAAUCCAAUGUUAAGCAAUGUAGAGUGGUUAGGAGACAAGUUUUACUACCCUGUUAUUCCACCACAUGUGAGUAAUUUGUGUAAAAGGGUAGCAACUCUGUUGGAGGUUCUUUGUAUCAACAGGUAUGACUGUCUUGCGAGUUACAACCUUAAGGAAAGUUUUGUGUCUGUAAAGUUUAUGCUUGAGAGAACCUUUUGCUCCAUGGUGAAUGUGACUAACAUGCUGUGCAGAACCAGGGAAGACGUGUACCUGAACGCAUAUAUUAAUUUGUUUAGCUACCACUUGAACAUCCGACCCUGCUAUGUACAUUUGAAGGUCUUCCAGCUGUGCCACUUGCUCAACCUGUUUUUCCGCUUCCAGAAUUAUCUGAGCCUAUCCUUCGAUGACCCCGCGCUGGAGAUCGUCAACCACUUCUUCACGCAGCAUGCGCGGAGUCAAGCGGGGAACCAAGUUGGUCGCAGCGCGGGACGCAGCGUGGGAGAAGCGGGCAGCAGCAGGGGGCCCAGUGAAGGGACCCGCAAAGUGGCCGUCAAGGACAAGGCGGGCCGCCCGAGCAAGGCCAAGCAGAGCGGGAACUUCCUCCUGAGGUUGAUGGCCAAGGGGCGUCAGCGGAGUCACAUGACUGAGCGGACUGAGCGGACUGAGCGGCCUCAUAUGACCGAGAUGACUGAGAGGACUGCGCGAACGAAGACGCCGCUCACGCCGCUGACUUCGCGCCUCAUUUUCUCGGAGACCGAAAUCGAGCUGUUCGCGCAGUGCAAGCUCGUGUACAACAUACAGCUGGACACGCGCUUCCUGUUGGAGGAAAAAAAUAUGAGCAUUUGCGAAUUCACCAAGAUCCCCAUGCCCCAGUCCAUGUGCUACAGAAAGAAGACGCGCAUACGAAAUACGGAAUACCUCUUCUCGAUCAUCCAGGAGUACAAGCAGCCCAGUGAUGAAGUUUACGUCGUGAGCGAGUGUCUUCGUGGGUGCCCCCUCCUCCAACCAUGCAUGGAUACCUCCACCUUGUUAAUAAAAUUGAAGACACUCAGAACGAAUUUCCUUUCUCUCGUUCAGCAGAAGGAGGCAAAUUUAGUUGGAGUCAUUGACAAAGCGCUAGACAUUUUUUUAUCCGACGAAAUGGUACAUGUGAAUUAUGAAGAGAAUAUCCCCCCCAACCUUUCAACACACAAAUUUAGAGUGAUGCAUGCAGAACAAACAAAAGAACAUUUCGAACGAUUAUUUAUGUCGCCAAAUGAGGAUAACAGAAAUUCCUUUUUCCUCAUCAAGUGGAGUAAUAUAGCAAUUCAAAUUUGCCUGGAAAUUUUAAAAAAAAAAAAACAUGUCAAUUAUUUGAAAAAGUUACAUGAACGGCAAGGUAAAAUUGAAGAGUUAAUUUUUCUUCACCAAAAUGAACUGAAGAAAAAUGUAGAAAUUAUAAAAAAGGCGUUAAUAUUUGUAUCGAAAUUGUUAAUUGAAAGACCCAUCCUUGUCCAUGCUGCUCUGUUUGGAAAAAAUUUAUUCUUUGUUAAAAUGAAAGUAGACAAAGAUUUGCGAAGACGAGAGAAGAGUAACUUUUUUUCUCUUUUCAAUAGGUCCACAGUUCAUGUGUAUGGUGUGAAAGGACUACUUCAGAAGGGUGUGUUGGACACCCUGAAUGAGAUGCUACUGCCUGUGGUGGAUUUACUUUCGCUGGAAAUAUGUUUCAAUAUUGACAAUGCGCUCAAGCUCAGCUUGGUGCUACGGGGAGGACCCGAGCGCAGGGUCCUGCAUGUGCAAACGUUCCGGGGAAGGGACAUCCAACGCAUGUACACUCGCUCCCCCUUCAUUUCGUACUCCCUUUUUCCAUAUAACAGGAGCAGCCUGUGCUCGAUCCGCGCCCUCAGCCUCGUGCAUUUGAUGCACGAUUUGGUGGUCGACUUGUAUUAG